AUGGACUCUAAUAGCAAAUCUGAAUUAUGGUUUAGUCCCUAUUCUGACUCUCGUGGAGAUAAACUGAGUGAAUUUAUAUCUGCCAACAACCUAUUUGUUAUUAAUGAAGAUUAUGGACCUACGUUUCAGGCAACUCAGGGUUCUAGUUAUAUAGAUGUUACUGUUAUUGGUUCAGAUCUUCUCCAGGAUAUUUCGAGUUGGCGACUGUCUGAAAAAGAAUCCCUUUCUGAUCAUAUGAUGAUUGAAUUUGAAUUUUGUCUUCUACGUUCUUACGAGACACCUCAAAUGUUCCUUUUAAAAUCUUCAAUACAGGGAAAGCAAAUUGGGAUCGCAUCUCAAAUUUCCAUACCUGUUAGGAAUCAUGGUAAGCACAAUGUUCCUUGGUGGUCUGCCGAAAUUUUUUGUAUGAGAAAAAGGCUUAAUGCCUCUAGGCGUAGAUUUCAGCGUUGUAAAAAUCCGCCUCUUAGAGAACUUUAUAAAAGUAAAUAUCUUGAAUAUAGAAAAGUUUACAAUCUAAAGCUUGCCGAUGCUAAAUCUCAGUCUUGGAAAACAUUUCUUUCGACCAUUGAUGUUCACAAUGUAUGGAAAAAGAUUUACACGUAUGGAGUUAAAAGAGAUUUCAUGAAAAAAAUUGAAAUAACUGGUAUUUGUCUUUCCACUGGAGAGACAACCAACUCUUUAGAAGAGACAAUUACUGCUGUGCUUCAGAAAUCUUUCCCCUCGGAUCUAGAGGAAAAUGAUGAUGAUUUGCAUAAGGAAUACCGUCAAGCUGCGC